AGCGUUGUGGACGCGCUCGAGCGGAUCGUAAGGCAGGAAGGUGUAUCAAGCUUAUGGCGUGGCUCGUGGCUGACAGUGAACCGUGCGAUGAUCGUUACGGCUUCUCAGCUCGCCACGUAUGAUCACGUCAAAGAGAUCUUGGUCGCUGGAGGCCGUGGGACGCCGGGAGGGAUCGGAACGCACGUGGCGGCAAGUUUUGCGGCGGGGAUUGUUGCGGCGGUGGCUUCGAAUCCGAUAGACGUUGUGAAGACGAGGAUGAUGAAUGCGGAUAAAGAGGAGAAUUACGGUGGACCGUUGGAUUGUGCGGUGAAGACGGUGGCGGAAGAAGGACCGAUGGCUUUGUAC